GAUAGUCUCCUAAAAUCCUUUUUUCUUAGUUCUUACCUUAUUAAAAUAAAAAAUAAUAAUCAGCGACGGAGUUUUCCAAGCUCAUCUCGACGGCCAUAGCACAGCAGCAAACGAGUUGCGCAGUCGCAGCAACACACCUGAACAACACACGCGCAUUUUCUCUCUCUCUGCGACAGAUUUUCAAUGGCAGCGGCGGCAGCAGCUUCAGCCGCAACCUCAAUCGCCAAACUCGACACCUCCGCCUUAGCCUUGCCUUUCAGACGCCGGAUCUCUCUCCUCCGCCUUACUUCUUCUCCGCUUCCCAUCUCCCAUUCUAGACCUUUGACCUCCUCUCAUUCUUCUGGUAUUAAAGCCCAGGUUGCAACUGCUGAACAAGCUGCUGUUGGUGCAGUGCAACAAGUUGAAUCCCCAGUUGUUGUUGUCACUGGAGCUUCUAGAGGAAUAGGGAGAGCUAUUGCAUUAACUCUGGGGAAAGCUGGUUGUAAGGUUCUUGUGAAUUAUGCUAGGUCAUCAAAAGAGGCGGAAGAAGUAUCCAAAGAGAUUGAGUCCUGCGGAGGUCAAGCGCUUACAUUUGGGGGUGAUGUAUCAAAAGAAGAAGAUGUGGACUCAAUGAUAAAAACUGCUGUAGACGCAUGGGGAACUGUUGAUAUACUGGUGAAUAAUGCAGGUAUUACUAGAGAUGGCCUAUUGAUGAGAAUGAAAAAAUCUCAGUGGCAAGAGGUCAUUGAUUUGAACCUCACUGGGGUCUUUCUGUGCACUCAGGCUGCUGCAAAAAUAAUGAUGAAGAAGAGAAAGGGGAGAAUCAUAAAUGUAGCUUCAGUGGUUGGUCUUAUCGGCAAUGCUGGGCAGGCCAAUUAUAGUGCUGCAAAAGCUGGCGUUAUUGGUUUCACAAAAUCUGUAGCAAAGGAGUAUGCCAGCAGGAAUAUCAAUGUGAAUGCUGUUGCCCCAGGAUUCAUUGCAUCUGAUAUGACAGCCAAGCUCGGAGACAAUAUAGAGAAGAAGAUUCUGGAGAAUAUCCCCCUUGGACGAUAUGGUCAACCAGAGGAAGUUGCUGGACUUGUGGAAUUUUUGGCACUUAAUCCUGCUGCCAGUUAUAUAACUGGACAGGUUUUGACAAUUGACGGAGGUAUGGUGAUGUAAGAGGCUUUUAGGGGCAUCGGAUUAGUGUAACCUGGAUUGCUGGUUAUGGAAGUGUAGAGAGUUGGAAGGAGAUUGGACUAGGUAGUUUCUUUCACUCUGCCCUGAAACUAGAACAGAAUAUAUUAGGAUCUAUAUUGGGUUGCCUUGGAGCAGGAAAUGUGCAGGUUACUCAAGUUUCUCAGAUCCUAAAAUUUCCCCCAUCUAAAAGUUUGUUCUCACUUCCUAAACAACUUUGUUCACUUGGGUUAUGUUUAGUUCGGCAGAGGACAUUGUGAACUUGAAUGAAAUUUCUUCUAUAUUAGUGCAGAUCCGGUUUUCAAGUUGA